AUGACCCCGUAUCACAUCAACUUCAACGGUCUACAUAGUGAACAUAGGUCGAUUAUGAUAGAUCACAACAGGAGUUCCGGGCAUUCACCUCUCUACCAAACAUCAGAAUUGAAGUCCGUUGUCGCAUCCUCCACAUUCAAAUGUGUAUCUACGGGCUCCAGUGCUGAUACUACCACAAUAAUAGAAAAUAGACCGCAAACACUUUCUCGAAAGUUUGCAGUCGUGUUUUACGUCGAACCGUUCCUCUCUCGAUGGGAUUGGAUUGCAGAACUCUCAAGAGACUACUUCUUGUUUCGGACUACGGACCACUUACGCAUACCGGUCGAAAAGUCUGCUUAA